AUGCCUAAACCUAAAGAUAUUGGUUUAAUAUUUGAUGUUACUUUGGAAAAUUCGAAUGAGGAAGAUAGUGAACUAUUGGAAUUUCGUAUAAGAGCAAAUGGUUAUUGUUGUGUAAAUGUAACACCAGAAGUCUUAAUGGAAAAGAUGGGACGCAUAGUGGGUGGUGAUUUUGGUUUUAUAGCUGCAGGUGAAAUUGAAAAAGUUUCUGUAAUAUGGCCUACAGUGUCUCUAUUUAAUCGUGUGGGACUGUGUCCCAUUGCCAUAACCUCCACAAAUACCGCUAGUGAAGAGCGUACAAUUAAAGAAAUUAUUAAAUUUGAUACUAGAUUUGAAAUUCUAGAUCCAGAUGGUCAUACAUUGAGAAGACAAAAAAAUUUCAUUGAUUGCCAAAAUUGGGACAAAGAUUAUUUCAAAAAUUGUUUUCCGGUUGAUUGUGAGGAGCGUUACUUUGGUUUGCGCAAUUUUUACAAUUUUACUUCAGAAAAAUGUGAAAAACUGCCACGAUGUUCACAAAAUUAUCAGUUAUAUGAUAUGUUUACAAAUGAAUGUGUGGAUACAGGAGUUAUUUGUUCUGAGGAAGAUUUAAGAGACUACAAAGAAGUCGAAUUUGUCAAUAAUAUAGGGGAAUUCAAAACAGUGUCUAAAAAGCAGCAAGAGAUAAGAUUUCAAUCAUGGACACGCAAACUGUAUUUAUACAUAUUUUCCUUUGUGGUGGUUUUGUUGGCCAAGGAUUAUUGCUGAACACCAAGCCUGGCAGGGCUAAAGCAAAAAAAAAAAAAUGAAUA